UACGCUUCCGGGCAACGGUCACACUAAAUAAAUAAAUGAAAUUUCCAAGCGUAAAAUAAACCCUAAAAGUCAAUGAAACGCUUCAUUUGCGUUUUAUUCACACACACCGAGUACGGAUAGUGCGGUAACCGACGCGUCCCCACCAGCAAUCAGUGCACAGCCCACUGGAGCGGAUCGUGGGCCCCCAGACAAGCCUUAGGGAGUACAGCAACAAUUGUUAUUUUUCGCCCCUUGGUUUGUCGCAGGGGGAGGAGGGGCAACGGAAAUCAGCCCCUUCGGUUUCUAAUUCAAUUAAAGAGAGAGGAGACAACGGGGCAGAAAAUUAUAAAACAAUAUCGUACCCCGCGGACGUCUCAGCAAUGGUCUUUAUACGCGAUCCCUGUGGCAUUGCCUGCUUGGUGGUCACCUAUGGGGCUGUUCUCUACGCGGACUAUGUGGUCAUCCGCUGGAUCAUACUGACCACGAUGCCGGGCAGCCUCUGGAUGUCCUUUCAUGUGGUGCUCUUCAACACCGUGGUCUUCCUACUGGCUAUGUCGCAUGUCAAGGCCGUGUUCUCUGAUCCCGGAAUCGUGCCCCUGCCCGCCAACCGCUUGGACUUCUCCGACCUGCACACCACCAACAACAAGAACAAUCCAUCGGGAAAUGGGCAUAGCAGCGAAUGGACCGUUUGCACACGUUGUGAGACAUACCGACCGCCGCGAGCCCACCACUGUCGCAUAUGCAAGCGCUGUGUCCGGCGCAUGGACCACCACUGUCCCUGGAUCAACAACUGCGUGGGCGAGCGCAACCAGAAGUACUUCCUGCAGUUCCUCAUUUAUGUGGCCCUGCUCUCGCUUUACUCCAUUGGCUUGAUUGUCUCCUCGUGGGUGUGGCCCUGCGAUGAGUGCAACCAGAAUGUGCUUGAGACCCAGGUCCGAAUGAUUCACUCCGUCAUCCUCUUGCUAGUCUCCGCCCUGUUUGGCCUUUUCGUAACGGCCAUUAUGGUGGACCAGCUUCACGCUAUUCUAUACGAUGAGACGGCCGUGGAGGCGAUACAACAGAAGGGCACCUACCGACCCAACCGGCGCAAGUACCAGCUGCUGGCUGAUGUCUUUGGACGCGGUCAUCCGGGCCUGUGGCUGCUGCCCUGCACUAGCUUGAAUCACGCCUCCCGCUACCACGACACGCCGCUGCUGAGUCACGAGGUCUAGGGUCCGGAAGUAUUUAUUAUUAUCUGUUGUCCUUGUGUUUAUUGUGUGCCUGCUGAGGAAGGAGCCCGGCAAGAGUGUUUUUAGUUUUUAAACAAAGUGUGAUUUCCAUUUUUUUAACUCAGCCCUUACAAAUCGAUUCGUAUUGCGUAAUGUGUGUAUUAUAGUGCAGAUUCCAACUUAAUUUAUGCUUUAGUUUAUAAUAAUUUUGAAAUUAUAAAUAUAAAGGAAGCAGCGACAGGGAGGAAGCAGAGCGGCGGAGAGCAUACUCAAAAGGAACUUGGAUAUUUUAUAGGGAACUUGCAUGCCGGCGUAGAACAUUUUUGUACGUCGAUAGGAAGAAUAGAUCUUCGGCCAGCCGGGGUAUUUUUUACCAGUAUCCGAUUAAGCGAAAAUAAUCUGAUUUGAGACAUGGGAAAAUCUCAAUAAUACUGUAAGGCAUUUACGAUUUACGAUCAAAUAGUAGACGCGUAUAUAUACCAAAUCAAAACCGUGUGCAGUAAUAGCUAGUAAUAUUCGCUUUUAAGUUGUAGUUUAUUGUUCUUUUUGGACCUUCAAGCACUAAAGAGUUAUUCAAUGUCACACCACCACCAUCCGAAAGAGAUUGUCCCACUUGAACAGUUUUUCCAAUAAAGCUAUCUGAUAUGCAUAAGUA